GCGGGCUCCCCGAGCUGUCCUCGAUGCCUUCGGCCCUGGCCAUCUUCACUUGCCGGCCCAACUCGCACCCGUUCCAGGAGCGCCAUGUCUACCUGGACGAGCCCAUCAAGAUCGGGCGCUCGGUGGCGCGCUGUCGGCCCGCGCAGAACAACGCCACCUUCGACUGCAAGGUGCUGUCCAGGAACCACGCGCUCGUCUGGUUCGACCACAAGACGGGCAAGUUUUAUCUUCAAGACACUAAAAGUAGUAACGGUACCUUUAUAAAUAGCCAGAGAUUGAGUCGAGGAUCUGAAGAAAGUCCGCCAUGUGAAAUUCUUUCUGGUGACAUUAUCCAGUUUGGUGUAGAUGUGACUGAAAACACACGGAAAGUUACCCAUGGAUGUAUUGUUUCCACAAUAAAACUUUUCCUACCAGAUGGGAUGGAAGCUCGAUUACGGUCAGAUGUCAUCCAUGCUCCAUUACCAAGUCCUGUUGACAAAGUUGCUGCUAACACUCCAAGUAUGUACUCUCAGGAACUGUUCCAACUUUCACAGUAUCUACAGGAAGCCUUACAUCGGGAGCAGAUGUUGGAACAGAAGCUAGCCACUCUUCAGAGGUUACUGGCCAUCACACAAGAGGCUUCUGAUACUAGUUGGCAGGCUUUAAUAGAUGAAGAUAGACUGUUAUCACGGUUAGAAGUUAUGGGAAACCAGUUACAAGUAUGUUCUAAAAAUCAGACAGAAGAUAGUUUAAGGAAAGAACUUGUAGCAUUACAGGAAGAUAAACACAACUAUGAGACGACAGCCAAAGAGUCCCUGAGGCGGGUCCUUCAGGAGAAAAUAGAAGUGGUCAGAAAACUCUCAGAAGUUGAGCGAAGUCUGAGUAAUACUGAAGAUGAAUGUACCCACCUGAAAGAAAUGAAUGAAAGGACUCAGGAAGAAUUAAGAGAAUUGGCUAAUAAAUAUAAUGGAGCGGUUAAUGAGAUUAAAGAUCUCUCUGACAAACUAAAGGCGGCUGAAGGAAGACAAGAAGAAAUCCAGCAAAAGGGACAAGCAGAAAAAAAAGAAUUGCAGCAUAAAAUUGAUGAAAUGGAAGAGAAAGAGCAGGAACUUCAAGCCAAAAUCGAAGCCUUGCAAGCUGACAAUGACUUCACCAAUGAACGGCUAAUGGCCCUGCAGGACAAGCUCAUAGACGAAGGGCAUCUAACCAAAGUGGUCGAAGAAACAAAGCUUUCAAAAGAGAAUCAAGCGAAAGAAAAGGAGUGUGAUUUGUCUGAUACUCUUAGCCCAAGUAAGGAAAAGAGCAGUGACGACACCACAGACGCCCAAAUGGAUGACCAAGAUCUAAAUGAACCUCUUGCUAAAGUUUCUCUACUAAAAGAUGAAUUGCAGGGGGCCCAGUCUGAAACUGAGACAAAGCAAGACAUUCAGCAUCUUCACAAGGAGUUGAUUGAAGCUCAAGAGCUAGCUAGAUCGAGUAAACAAAAAUGCUCUGAACUUCAAGCUCUUUUGGAAGAAGAAAGAAAAGCCUAUCGAAUGCAGGUUGAGGAGUCUACAAAGCAAAUACAAGUUCUCCAAGCCCAAUUGCAGAAGUUACAUACCGAUAUGGAGAACCUUCGGGAAGAAAAGGAAAGUGAAAUCACUAGCACAAAGCACGAUUUGCUCAGUGCACAGGAUGAAAUUCUGCUGCUUCAACAAGUAGCAGACAAGGCUGCCUCGGAGCGGGACAUUGACAUCGCUUCCUUGCAAGUCGAGCUUCAGAAGGUUCGGGAAGAGCUGGAGCGGUGGCGGAAGGCAGCCUCCGAGUACGAGCAGGAGAUCCUCAGCUUGCAGUCCAGUUUUCAGCUCCGCUGCCAGCAGUGUGAAGACCAGCAGAAAGAGGAGUCCUCCAGGCUGCAAGGUGAGCUGGAGAAGUUGAGAAAAGACUGGAGUAUAUUAGAAGCAGAAUGUCAUUCUCUGAAAAAGGAAAAUGUUUCACUUUCAUCAGAACUUCAGCGACAGGAAAAAGAAUUGCAUAGCUCUCAGAAGCAGAGCUUGGAGCUCAGCAAUAACAUGAGUGUGCUGGAGAAGACCCGGAGAGAGCUGGAGAGCCAGGUGGGGUCCAUGCAGGAGCAGCACCAUCGGGACUCUGCCAGCUGGAAGACGCUGCUCAGUAAGGCUGAGAGCGAAGCCAGGGAGGUGCAGAAAGAGUAUGAAAGGACACAGUCUCAACUUUCCGAGCUGGAGGUGAAGUUUGAAAGGACCGAGCAGGAAAAACAGUCCAUCACCAAUGAGCUCAGACAAUGUCAAGACACCCUGAAGCAGCUACAAGAAAAAGGAAACAAUCCGUCCAUAUUCCAACCCGUCCCAGCCGUUUUCAUCGGCCUAUUCCUGGCUUUCCUGUUUUGGUGUUACGGUCCAUUGUGGUAGAGAAAGAGACACUGGCCUUGGAUGCCCAUGUUGGCAGCUCUGGUAGCUGUGACAGCCGUAGUGUUGUAUGUACCAGGCCUAACCAGAGCUUCACCAUGAGAACUUUGGUUGGUUCCAUACCCUGCCCUCCUCUUAGAAGCUGGCGGGGAGAACAGAUCCAUUUUCUUCCUUUUUACCUCUUAAUACAACAAAAGUGCAAGAAAAGGACAGUCGGGUCAUUGCUUUAAAUUGUAUAAAAUGUAUCUGUCUAUAAAGAGGGAAUAAAAUUGUGACUUUAUUCUACUGUAAGCAAUAAUUUGCUUGCAAUUUUUCAUGUAAUUUUUUUAAUUAGUAUGUUGAGAUUCUAAAUAUUAUGGUGGCCUAAAGUAGGCUUCUUGGUACCAAAUUAUUUAUAACAUUUAGGUUUAUGGCUAUUUUACUCUAGAUGCUGAUUGCCAGAUAAUUCAUUUUCUGAUUGGACACCCAAACCAGACAACUGAUAAAUACAUGGGAAAAGAGGCACUGUGUGCUCAGUGCCUAUCAUUUUGAAAUAAAUAUAUGCACAUAUAUUUUUUUUACAUAUUGACACCAUUUUUACUUGCUAUAAACCACUGAGCUAUUGGGAACAAGACUUAGAGACAACUUCUACUUCCAUAGAUUUUUCAAGGAAAAGACACAUUUGGAAAAGGUUCUUCUGUUUUAGCAGUGACUUGAGAAAUAUACAUGCUUUUGUGCAGCCUUAAAGUGACUUGAAGAUGUGGAUGGCAUCAACCUGGAAAAACUUUGUAAUGGUGUGUGUAUUUUCUUGAGUGAACUGAAGUAUUUCUGGGAGCAAAAAGUUAACCAUUUCACAACUACAGCAACAAGUAAACCAAACUAUUCAAUUGGAAUGUAAUUUAUUCAACUUUAUGCAUUCAAAGUAAAGAGAUCUUUACUUUUCAUCUACAACAUUUUAGGAAGCAUGGUUUUUUGUUUUUUGUUUUUUUUUCUCCUCACUUAUUCUUCCAAACAUUGCUUUAAAAAAAAGAAAAAUGUGUCUUCUUUAGAUAAACUUUUAUUGACUUAACUUUGUUAUGAGAGUUUGGAGUGCAUCUAUAGCUAAUCGAUCUACUGGACGAGGUGAAUUUCUGUAAACCCAGGGAAUCUUAAGGUUAGGGAUGCAAAUGGCUUGUGUUUUUUUUUUUGUUUGUUUGUUUGUUUGUUUGUUUUUGUCUUUUUUUUUUUUUUUUUUUUUUUAAACUGAGUAGUUUUGUUCAUGAGAAGCACUACUUCAGUUGGGAUCUUAUCAGUUAAACACCCAAGCUACGAAGUGAGCUCGACGGUUAUGUCAGUAAAGUUUACUGAAGUCUCUCUAUUAUACUGAAGUAUUAACGGAGUGAAGAUUUUUUAGAAAAUGGAAAUGAGAAAAAUCUCACAGAAUUUGGCUUGGAUUCUCCAUGGCAAUCUACAGGUCUCGCCAAAUACUUAAAUAGGAGUUUAGCAUAUAAUUUGCCUUGUGAGGUUUUGGGGGUCAUUGUUUAUAUGUUAAAGGUUAUAUUUUAAGCUGUUGGGGAUUUGCUGUUGGGAGAACCAUUAGAUUUAUGGAAGAAUUAGUCGCUGAUGACUUGUAGGAAAUAUCACCUUGUUCAUUUCACCAUUUUUCUGUUGCAGGAAGCUAUUCCCCCACAGAAUGCUCAUAUGCCAGUGGUACUCUGUACCUCUUGUAUAUAGGUUAUUGCAAAUAUUGUUCUGAAAUGCUUAACUUCAGAAUUACAUUUUUUAAAGUAAAUAAUUGUUUUAAAUCUAUUUUGUAAAGAUAUAAAGUACAAUAGAAUUUCUGGAAUACAGAUUAAACUAUUUGCACUAACACACGUGAUGUGCAUGAUUUAAUAAAAUAACUUUACUCUCCCUA